AGGUUCUGGAAGUUAAAGACCAAAGCUUCUGGUAGAGAAAUUGUGGUUUCUGGCCAGCAUUUUCCCCUAAAGUUUUGCCAGCAGCAUCUGUGGCUGGCAUUUUCAGAGGAUCAACACCCCAGUGAUUCUGGCAGUGAAAACCUUCGACAGUACAUAAGGCAACUAUUUGAUUGUGGCACAGGUACCAUAGUUUUCAUCAUAAUUGAUGUGUGAUGUGAAAAAUAUUUUGUAAUUCACAUAAAAGAUCUAUCAUGAAUUUUGUAAAAUAUUUCAUAUAAAAGGACUCAUGAAUUGGUUUCAGACACCACAAAUGAUGUGUAUAUACAAGCACAACUAUACACCUUAUGUAACACUUAAAGCAAAACAUACAUACGGGGUCCCCAAACUAAGGCCCAGGGGCCGGAUGCGGCCCUCCCAAGGUCAUUUACCUGGCCCCCGCCCUCAGUUUUAUAAUAUAAUAUUUUUAUAUCUGUUUUAAUAAUAUAAUAUAUUGUAUAUACAUAUAAUAUUGAUAAAAAUAUUAUAAUGUUAUACAAUAUAAUACUAAUAAUAAUACCAUAUAAUAUUACAGUAUAGUGGUAUAGUUCAAUAUAGUGAUAUAUAAUGCUAAUAUUGUGCUAUGCUAAUAAUAUAAUAUAUUGUAUGUACAUACAGCUGCUCUGAGUCCCCUUCGGGGUGAGAAGGGUGGGAUAUAAAGGUAGUUAGUAAAUAAAUAAUUUUAGACUUAGGCUCGCCCAAAGUCUGAAAUGACUUGAAGGCACACUACAACAACAACAAUCCUAAUUAACCUAUCUCAUUGGCCAGUAGCAGGCCCACACUUUUCAUUGAAAUCCUGAUAGGUUGGUUAAAAUUGUUUUCAUUUUUAAAUAUUGUAUUGUUCUUUAAUUGUUAUUGUUGUAUUGCACUACAAAUAAGACAUAUGCAGUGUGCACAGGAAUUUGUUUGUAUUUUUUUUCAAAUUAUAAUUCGGCCCCUCAAGAGUCUGAAGGAUUGUGGACCGGCCCUUUGCUUUAAAAGUUUGAGGACCCCUGACAUACAUCAAUCUCAAACUGAAAACAGUCCACAAAUACAGCGUAUAUACAAACAAAACUAUACAAGUCAUCCCGGGUACAAUGCUUCAUUUCGGGGAGUCACAAGUAACUUGCAACUUAGAUAAAACACACAGAGCCCUGCAGGUGCAAUGACAUAAUAUUGACAACUUUGAAUGGCCUUGAAUUGAAGCAAGUAAUUAGAGAGCGACAUAUCCACAACAUACCGUAGUCAACUAUGAGAAGAUUGCGAAUCACAGUAAGAAGAUAAUUACCAUACAUCAAAAGACUAAGAUCUAGUACAAAUAACAACCUGAAGGGCUCCCCGAAAUGAGGCACUGUACCCGGGAUUACUUGCUGUAUAGUUUUGUUUGUAUAUACACUAUAUUUGUGGACUCGUUUCCAUUUGAGAUUGAUGUAUGUUUUGCUUUAUGUGUUACAUAAUAAGAUAGUACCCAGUUGGGACUGUAAAGAAAAUAUUCAGCAAUACUAGCAUACUAUAAUACACACAUUUAAACCUGUAUGAGAACAUAUGCAUUUAAGUUUUUUCCUAUAUAUACCAUUCUUGUAGCAUCUUGAUAUAGAUAUCUGUGCCGUAUUGAUUGGUAUUCUCCUGAAAACAGGUCCACAGCUUGGGUCUGCUCUUGUGUCCAACUUGGGGCCAUGUUUCAGUGUUGGCUAGAAGUGCUUUUGCACAGUUAAAGCUUUGUGUGCCAGCUGUGCUUGCUAAGAAAUCAGAUCUUGCCGUAGUGAUAGAUCCCUUUGUUACAUUCCACUGGAAUUACUGUAAUGCACUCCAUGUGGGGCUGCCUUUAAAGAGUGGAAGUGUCAGCUGGUCCAAACCACUGAAGCCAGAUUGCUGAUAGGCUGACUACAAGGAAUGCACAACUCCUGUGUUGCAACAGCUCCAUUAGCUGUUGCACAAUAUUUGAGCACAAUUAUAACCUAUGCACAGCUCAAUUCCAAGUUAUUUGAAGGGCUGUAUUUUCCCUUAAAAACCAGCCUUGAAAUCUGCUGGUGACUCCUUUCUUUGUCUCAACAUCCUAAAAUUUACUUUUGAUAGGAACAUGGGAGGAUUUUGGAUUCUUGAGGAUUUGGGCUGGCACCUUCUCUGUUUUCUUUUUGCUGAUAAGUAAAAAAAAUUAUUCUGAUAGAUUUGAGAAGUUACUCUGUAAGGCACUUCUUACAUACAAAGUUGUUAUAUAGUGCUAUCUGUGCUACUGUCUGUUUUUAAUGUAUGCUUUAAUUUGGUUUUAAUAUUUGUUAGUUUAAGCAUGUUUUAACUUGUAUCUUGUUGAUUUUUAAUGGUUAACCUGUUCAAGUCACAACCUGGGGAACAGGUAGGACAGGAACAAUUGCCUCAUACAGUGGUGGUGGGACAUUAUCUGUAUGGCAUAUGCGGUGCUGAUGUGCCCACCAAUAUAGGAUUUCUUCUGAAUUGCCACUGAGAAAGCUAAUGUGGUUAUUUGCCCACACUCAGAGGCUUAGCUUGGUUGCUGGCCCCCUUAUUUUCACUCCUAUACUAAUACCUUCUUUGAAGUCUUGGUUCACAUGUAUGCCACAGUUGUCUCAGACAAAAACAGUAGAGACCCUGCAUCUAGGAAAUGCAGAAUAAUGGACUUAUGUCAUGUUACUCAUAUCCCAAUGCUGCAAGUCUUACCAUUUUCCUACAGCCCCCUCUGGCACAUCUGUACAGUGACCAAGGGAGGAGGGCAGCCAAUAAUUCAUUCUCUGAGGACUCCUCGGAGGUCUUGGAGUAGGCCUACAUCAUCUAAUGUCCCAACUAUUAGAGCAUAAUUUUCCUUUCUUGUUAUGGCACUUUAGUGCUACAAUGGCUCUAGCUCAUGAAAACCUGGUAUUCAUAAUUUUGCAUUUAGAAUUCUCUGCCAGAAUGCUCUGGUACCUUUUAAACCUACAAACUCCAAAAUUCUGUCCAAGCAUCGCAAUUAAAGUGAUACCUAAAUGCUAUAGUUGAGUAGUGUUGAAACAAUAUAACUACCAUGGAGGAUGAAAAUACUUUCAUUUCUACCCUUCAAAGAGGAGCAGACUACGCCCACAAAACCACGUAUGUUCCAAUGUGAAGAGAGAGUGGAGAACAGGCGCACAAGACUGACAGAUCGAAGAAGACAAUUUACCAGACCUGAGAUGCCACUAGCAAAUCAUCAGGGUAAUGUUUGUCAUCAUUUUAAAUGUCUUGCUUUGCAUUCGCCCUGUCCACUCUGUCUGGGCCUGUGUCCGCUCCUGUCCCACCAGCUGCGUCUGCACUCAAGAGAGGAGCUGCUCCAUUCUUUGUGACCGUGCUGGCCUUACGCAGAUCCCCCGCGAGUUCCCGUGUGAGGCCCACUCUAUUAACCUAGAUAAAAAUAGCAUCAAAUUCCUUGCCGAGAGGGCGUUUGGUACCCUCCCAUCCCUCAAAUUGCUCUCGCUAAGCCACAACAACAUCUCUUUUAUCACUCCUGGAGCUUUCAAAGGGCUAGCUAGCUUGACAGAGCUAAAAAUGGCCCAUAAUGAAUACAUUCGGUAUCUGCAUACCAGGACUUUCACUUCUCUGAAGAAACUCGUGAGGCUGGAUUUAGCACACUGCAACCUUUUUAACAUCCCAGACAGGAUUUUUAUAGAAGUUCCAGCCCUUCGGGAACUCUUUUGCUUCCAGAACAACUUCCGAAGGAUUCCGGGAGCUAUAAGAGGGAUGGAGAAUUUGACACAUCUUUACCUGGAGAAAAACAAGAUAGAAGCCGUGGCGUAUAAUUCUCUCCUGGGCAUGGCCCGACUAAAAUAUCUCAAUCUACAAGACAACAAAAUCAAUGUAAUUCAUGACAGAGCUUUUCAGGAUUGUCAGAAAGUGGAGUACCUUUACUUAAAUGACAACGUCUUCAGUGACCUCCCUGAGAACUCCUUCGAUGGUCUGCGGCGCCUCAAGAUGCUGAACCUUGGUGGUAACCUUCUGAGGAAUGUCUCCAAUACCUGGUUCCGGGAUCAGUUUGAAUUGGAGGUUUUGUAUUUGGACAGAAAUCGGAUCAGCUAUAUUGAAGAAGGUGCUUUCGAAAACCUCACAAGCCUGGUAUCUUUGCACUUGAACAGCAACAACUUAACCACCUUGCCUUUCUCAGUCUUCCAACCUGUCUACUUUAUAGGAAGACUUUAUCUUUUCCGUAACCCCUGGGAGUGCGACUGCCGGAUUGAAUGGCUAAAAGAGUGGAUGGAAAAUUACAGGCUUGUGAGAGACAUUCCUUGUGCUGCCCCUUCCUCUGUAGCUGGGCUUGACUUAACCGACGUUGUCUUUGAGAGAACAGAUGAAGGCUUCUGUCUCGAUCCAGAGGAGUUAAAUGUCACAACCGAUAGCCCUUUUCCAACUGGGGAACCACAAUCUACCACAGAGAAUAAGUUCAAUAGCCUUAUCUCUAAAUUUCUACUUCAGAAGGGCCUUUCGGAAGAGGUGGUAAACACCACAGAAAGUUUUAUCAAUACUACCUUAUUUGAUGGAUUGACUAAUGAUGCAUCUUUUGGGCUAAGGGAAUAUAAUAUCAAGUUAAUGUGUUCUUUCAACUUUUGGCUAUUCAUAGUAGUUUAUGAGAGUAAAUAGCUCUCGUCAGUUCUAAUGUUGGGCAAAAUUUAGUUUUUGUACAAGAUAAAAGCUAUUAAGGAAAACAGUCAGACACAAUGAACCAGGUACAAAAAGUCUGUGUGGUAGGUUUAGUGCAUAUUUCCACCUAGCAAUUUUGUAUGGGUCCACAUUUCAAGAGAAACUACCAAUUCACUGAGACAACACACAUUUCAUCAUCUGGUACACUUAGCCUGAUUCCACCAUUACUCUUCCAAAAAAAUGACUCUAAAAAUCUGACCAUCAGCAAUAAAUAUAAUUCAAAUUUACACUGGUGUGAGGAGAAGGUUAACACAUAUAUUUAAUCACAUUUUGUAAUUGUCAUGAAUUAACAGAGGAGAAAAAAACCAAGAAAAAUUGUGAUUUAAUAAGAAAAUUUCAGAUAAUGGACUUGGUUAAUUAGAAUUUCUAUGGAAGUUUAGAUGGAAGUUGUGUGGCAUUUCGUUUUGUAUCAUAAUCAUUCAAAAGUGGAUCUCCAACAGUUAUAAUGCCAAGAGAAACCAAGGGACAGUUUUCCAGCAACUGGUAACCACACAUAAAGCAAGAUGAAAAUUGUAAUGAUCCCACUGUUGUUAAUCAUGGUCUCCUUUCCCCUCAAAAUUCUUAAAGACACAUUUCUCCAAUGUGUGUGCAAGUAUAUUUUACUACUUUCAAACAGAUAGUUUCAUUUCUUUUGCCAUGCAUAUUUUCUCAGCUUAGCCUGCAGAGCAUCAUAUCACUUUGCUUACUGUACUUGUCCUACUUGUGAGAUAAAGGGCUAGCAUAUCACUGCCUUCACCCAGUUCUCAUCAAGAGUGGGGGCAGGGGGCUCAAAUGAUCUAAACUUUAUAAAAUCUA